ACAACACUAAAACCUCACAAAAAAGGGGUGUUGGGUCUCUAUGCUGGUUACUCUGCCACGUUGUUGAGGAAUUUGCCUGCUGGGGUCUUGAGCUACUCCUCUUUUGAGUACUUGAAAGCCGCGGUUUUGAUUAAGUCGGAGCAGCCGAAUUUGGAGCCCUUUCAGAGUGUUUGUUGUGGGGCGUUGGCUGGUGCCAUUUCUGCCUCCUUGACGACCCCAUUGGAUGUGGUCAAAACCCGGUUGAUGACUCAGAUUCAUUCGGAUAAGAUUGCGUUUGGUGUUUCUGAGACGGUUAAGCAGAUAUUGAAGGAAGAAGGGUUGGUGGGAUUUACCCGGGGAAUGGGGCCUAGAGUGCUUCAUAGUGCUUGUUUUUCAGCUAUAGGAUAUUUUGCAUUCGAGACAGCUAGGCUUACUAUUUUGCAUGAGUAUCUUAGGAGAAAGGAGCUUCAGGUUGCGUCUGGAGUUGUGUAAGUUCCUCUCUCUAUGUCACAUUGCACCAGCUGUUUGUUAAGCAUCUAGUUUCUUUGUUAUCAUUGUAACAAGUUCAUACAUUUUCAUUUUACGGUUCCUGAAUAUUAUAUUGCUAUUAUGCUAUAACCCAUGUCACAACUUACAUAUUAGCUAGCUUUGUCCAUAUGGUUUUAUAUAUCAA